UCACUUUAAAUUCAACAACCUCCAACACUUUCUAUAACAUUACUAAUCUCAGUCCUGGAGUCAAUUACACCAUCCUGAUAUCUGCUGUUGCUGCAGAUAAUAUAACAGAAGGAGGAGCAAUUGGUCGUUCAGUGUUUACAAGUAUGUUUUAGGGAACUUUGUUCUCAUUUGAUGACAGAAUAUUUUUAAACAGUGAUGAAGAUAAAUGUCUUUUGCCUUCACAGAGCCUGACACUGUUAGUAACCUCACAGCAGUUAAUGUUACAACCUCCUCUAUAUUACUGCACUGGAUUAGGGCAAUGGGGGAAAUCUCCUAUUAUGUAGUCCAAUAUGAUGAUUUUAGUACAAACAUCAGCACGACUACUGAACUCACCAUGAUUAACAUAACUAAUCUGACUCCUGGAGUGCAGUACACGUUCAAAGUGUUUGCAGUUGUUGCAGAUAAUAAAACAGAAGGAAAUUCCAGCUACAUUUCUGCCUACACAAAACCUGAUGUAGUGAAAGACCUGAAUGUGACUGAAAUCACAACAAGCUCAUUGUUUUUGAACUGGACUGAACCAAUAGGAAAAAGCUCUUUCUUUAAAGUACAGUGGAGCAAUAACAUCACUUUAAAUUCAACAACCUCAAACACUUUCUAUAACAUUACUAAUCUCAGUCCUGGAGUCAAUUACACCAUCCUGAUAUCUGCUGUUGCUGCAGAUAAUAUAACAGAAGGAGGAGCAAUUGGUCGUUCAGUCUAUACAAAACCUGAUGUAGUGAGAGACCUGAAUGUGAUUGAAAUCACAACAAGAUCAUUGUUUCUGAACUGGACUGAACCAAUAGGAAAAAAAUCUUUCUUUAAAGUACAAUGGAGCAAUAACAUCACUUUAAAUUCAACAACCUCCAACACUUUCUAUAACAUUACUAAUCUCAGUCCUGGAGUCAAUUACACCAUCCUGAUAUCUGCUGUUGCUGCAGAUAAUAUAACAGAAGGAGGAGCAAUUGGUCGUUCAGUGUUUACAAAACCUGAUGUAGUGAAAGACCUGAAUGUGACUGAAAUCACAACAAGCUCAUUGUUUUUGAACUGGACUGAACCAAUAGGAAAAAGCUCUUUCUUUAAAGUACAGUGGAGCAAUAACAUCACUUUAAAUUCAACAACCUCAAACACUUUCUAUAACAUUACUAAUCUCAGUCCUGGAGUCAAUUACACCAUCCUGAUAUCUGCUGUUGCUGCAGAUAAUAUAACAGAAGGAGGAGCAAUUGGUCGUUCAGUCUAUACAAAACCUGAUUUUGUAAGACAUCUGAAUGUAACUGAAAUCACAACAAGCUCAUUGUUUCUGAACUGGACUGAACCAAUUGGAAAAAGAUAUUUCUUUAAAGUACAAUGGAGCAAUAACAUCACUUUAAAUUCAACAACCUCAAACACUUUCUAUAACAUUACUAAUCUCAGUCCUGGAGUCAAUUACACCAUCCUGAUAUCUGCUGUUGCUGCAGAUAAUAUAACAGAAGGAGGAGCAAUUGGUCGUUCAGUCUUUACAAGUAUGCUUCAAAGAACUUUAUUCUAAUUUGAUGACAAAAGAAUAUUUUUAAACAGUGAUGAAGUUAAAUGUCUUUUGCCUUCACAGAGCCUGA